AUGCUACGCUUUCAGGAAUCUCUUAAAGCCACAAAUGAACAGGACACCCUGCUGCUGAGGUUGGGAGAAGGAGAAAGAGGAAAGUCUGAAGGAUCAGCUGUGGCAGAGGUUUUUGGAACAGCGGGAGCCCGUGUUUUGAUGGACGAGCACCAGAAGCAGCUCUGGCCUGAAGAAGAAGAGCACGAAGGUGCAGGUAGUUGUGGAGAUGAGAAGGCACUGCCACGUGGCAGCAGAUCCCACAUCACAUUGGCAUGUGCUCCUGGAGUGCAGGCUGUUCAGACCGGAAUCGAUCUGCUCAGUAUCUUGAAGAUCGAGGAAGAAAAACCCAACCCUGAAUUUCACAUCACGUUGGAAGAAGGUCAACUUUUGGGCUUAGGUCAAGGGAUCAGAAGCUUAUUCAGAAUGGGCGGAAAAACAUCCAAGACUAAGCCUGUGCCAUACACCAGUUUCCCUUUCCUUGAUGACAGCGAUACCAUAGAAGCAAUCAAAGCAGUUCACUCCCUCUUCAUUCUGCGUGGCCUUCCAGGCAGCGGGAAGUCUACCAUUGCCAAAAAAAUCACAGAAAAAUAUUCGGGGAUCUCUGCUGUCGCUUCUGCUGAUGACUUCGAGCUCAUUCCCCAGGUGGAUGAAUCUGAGGCAGACCGUAGUAGGUACGACAGGUUGGACCAGAAAAUCCAUCAGUGGUUUGAAGAAGAUAAGAAGGUCCUUGUGGUUGAUGACACCCAUCAUGAUUUGAAACGCCUGGACUAUCUCUUUGAUCUUGCCAGAGACAAGGACUACAUUGUCUUCAUUGUUAACUGUAGAAUGGAGGAGAGCAACAACUUCCAGCUUCUGGUCAAAAACAGCCACUGGAAAUUCUCUGUGGAGAUGAUGGAACAGCUGGAGCCAAUUUUGAAGAAGAACAUAAUCCCAUACUACUUUGGUUGGUUCUUGGUGAAAGAGGAUGGGGAGAAGAUGCGCAGAAUUGCAAUGCAAUUCCUGGAUCAGCUCAGCAAAAAUGAGACAUUUCUGAAAGAGUUUGUAAAAUAUGUGGAAUGGGACUCCAGCAAGGAUUUCAACCUGCAGGAGUAUUUCCAGAAGACCCCCAGGAUGUUGCAUUGUACCACAAAGUUCUGCAACUAUGGAAAGGUUCCAAAUUGUGAAUCUUAUGCUGAGGCCAAGCAAGUGGAAACUUCCAGACGUAGCAGUGGGAGAUUUCAGAACCUUACCAGGUACUUCAUCGGGAAUGACGCAAAUGAUGUGGUGGGUGGAGAAGGCGUGCAAAGUUUAGCCAAAUUGUCUGGAGGAGGUGUAAAUAGAAGGAGAAGAAUCUGUAUGGAGGAGAAAGUUGUUAAAAAUACUGCAUCUAUGAGGUACAGAACAUUGUUGGGAAUCUGA